AAUAAUUAUUCAACGCCAUAGUCUUCUUCUUCAGUCUCCAUCUCUCCCUCGAACACCCUUCUCAUAUCGUCGAUUAAUUCCUCUCAGUAUCAUGUUGACGGAAACACCAUUUAGGCCAAGAGAGAAGCUUCUGGAGAAGCAGAGGUUGUUCCAGAGCAUCCAUAGGCACACUUACCUCAAAGGACCCAUGGACAAGAUCACCUCCGUUGCCAUUCCUCUUGCCUUGGCUGCCUCUUCCCUCUACAUGAUUGGAACAGGAAUCUACAACAUGUCCAAUGGAAUCGGGAAGAAGGAAUAAGCACAGUUUCUCCUCCUUUCUUUCUUUCUUUCUUUUUAUCCGUUUUUUUUUAACUCUUUGGGAGGUUUCUCUAUGUAUAUCCAGUGGCUGCCGUAUGCGGUUGCACUGGUCUUCUUAUUCUUCUUCUCGUUGCAGUGUAUUGCGUUUUUUUUGCCAAAUAAUUGCUUAGUUGCAGACAAUGUGAAAAGCUGAAAGAUGUUUGAUGUUAUAAAGUCCCAAUGGUUUGUACGUUUUUAUCUGC